GCUUAUUUAUGCGACAUCACUUGAAGGCAUAAAGAUAUACUCGUAGCUCAGCUUACACUCACGCACCUGAAAAGUUCUUCGUUUUGCAUUUAAAAUCUUAGUAACUACACCGCCUGUCACAAUUGUUGUAAUGUAUGUACGUCAGUGAUCUAGCUUAUUGGUAAUUUGGAAAUUUGUUCUGGGCUUGUGCAUGUUUUGCCGCUACGCAAAUUUUCAUAUAGUACGUAUGUUAGUAUAAUAUUUUCGGGCUUCGUUUAUUAUUCGCAUUUUGAUUUUUAUUGUUAUCCGACGUCGAUCAUACCAUCCAAAAUGAAAACUAAAAAGUGCUCAGCGCUUUUUGUCAUUGCCGUGCUUGCACUGCUGAAAACCAGUUAUUUCGUUAACGGGAUGCUGCUUUCCGACUGUAUGAGUUCAGAUCAAGCUCCAUCACCUAGUGUUACUGACUUGUGCCGCUGUGAAGGGAACGUGCAAUGGAAAAUCUUCAAGUGUGGAAACGGCACUCAACUACUUGGUGAACUUUUUAGCAGCACCGCUUCCACUUUGCUGCGGAAAUUAACAUCCGAUGUAAAGGAAAUUUACAUAAAGGGCAAUGCAGACAUUUUAAAUAAUACCGUUGCUUUGCGUCCCGAUAUGUUCGAAAGAAAAAGUGUGGAAAAGCUUACUUUCGUGGAUGUUAAACUAAGUCCACGACAAACCGUGAUGGACUCACCUACUACAACAUACAUGUUUGAUAAAAUUAAAUCUACGCUAUCUGUGAUUAAUUUUACAAACGCCGGGGUGAACAGCGAUGUGUUGAGCGGAAAAUUUAAUGACGGUGAAGAUUCUGGACAAUAUUACGUAUAUGCAGCUCUUGUUGGAUAUCUACCAAAUUUAAAAACCUUAAUUCUGGACAACAACUUGGAUUUACACACACCGCCGGACGCAGGUGACAGCACCAAAUCGUGGUUUCAGGGUCUGCCGCGACUGGAACUGCUUUCCCUUGUCGGCACCGGCAUAACAGCAUGGACGCCUCCGAUGAAACUGGACUGUCCCAACCUCAAAGUGCUAAAUAUAUCUCAAAAUUGUUUCGGGAAUUUUAAAAACCUGCUGAUUGAUCUGGCAAAAAAUGUGAACGUUCCUCUACUGCAGGAAAUUGACGUCAGUUUGCAAACGAUAUCAGAUCAACCGCGCAUUAGCUGCCCGUCUUAUACCGUUAGCGAAUUUCCCUCCAGCUUCUGCAGCAACUUUUCGGCCGUCCGACACUUCUUAAUACGCAAUGCUGCGCUGGACCUGGCUCCCAAUAUCGAUUACGGAAGUUGGGUAAACUGUUCCGGCCUGAGAGAAGUGGAUUUUUCAAUGGCAAAGUCCAUAAAGAUUUCAUCCAACGACUUUUCCAAAAUUGUUCCACAAGUGAAAGUAUUAAAGUUUCGCGGAAGCAAAAUUGACCACCUUACGAGUGGUGCUUUUCGACAGUUCAACUUGACAGAAUUGGAUUUUACCGGCGCGCAAAUUGACCAGAACCGUGUAUCACCUCGCGAUGUUUUCAUGGGAGCCAGCAUAGAAUCGCUCAAACUGGCGAGAAUGAACCUAACCGUUUUGGAGCCGGAAAUUCUCCUGCCAUUAUCGUCAUCGUUGUAUUUCCUUGAUCUAAGCGAUAAUGCUGUUCCAGAUAUAACAAAAGUUCUUCAAGGCCUAAGCCGUUUGAGAACAGUGGUAAUGUCCGGUAUGCAAUUAAAUAACCUUCCCUUUGAGGCGCUUAAUUCCACAAUCAGUCUAGAAAAGAUUGACCUUUCGCGAAAUAAGCUUUCCCAGUUGGAUGAUGCUAUCUUUGCACAAGCUAAUAACCUUAAGGAAAUUGUGCUUCACUACAAUUCAUUGACAAGCAUACCUAACAGUUUGAAAAAGCCGAGCAUCGUGAAGCUGGAUCUCUCGAACAAUUUGUUGGCCACAUUUCCUGAAGAUUUUGUUAACUAUUUUGCCACGACUGCUCUCAGUCUUUUGAACUUAAAUUUGGCUAGCAAUCCAUGGAACUGCAGCUGCAGUUUAAGCAAACUGAAUUCCUGGCUAAGAAACGAAAAUGGACUGAGCGGUGGUUAUCAACGUGUUUGCAAUGCUACCGGUAAAGCCGAAUGCCCAGUGUGCAAAAACCCCAUGACGCCGGGAAAUAAUGUAUACGUAAACGAUGCCGGGAUCUUUUCUGGCUGCACCCCGACAACCACCGUUAGACCAGGUGACACAAGUGUGGCACCGGUCAAUCCUGGUUCCAGUAGUUUAUCACCUUCUGCCUCCAGUCAGAAUCCAAAUUCGGCCAUUCAUCAGGUGGAAUCGUCCAAAGUAGCUUGUUCGUAUUUUGUGGCAUUAGCGGUUAUGAAAACGCUGCACAGUGCCAUUGUUUAUGGUUAUGGCUAGUUGGUUUAAUCCUUAAUAUAAAAAUCUUGCGAUUGGGUGGGCGCUUACUGGUUAUUUGUAACAAUUAUGCACAACGUCGCAUAAAUUUUAGAACCGCA